CCUCAGCCUUAACGCGCUCCCUCUUAUAGGUGUCUAAGGAACUGCCCGUUCCUUGCUGCUUUCGGGUGGUGACAGCGAGGGACGACGAGACAAGCGGAAAGAAGCCCGGGUCCAUAGUCGUCGCGUAGCUAAUAGUAUGUGGCCCGGUCCGUGAGUGUGUGUGGCAGUGAAAAGAAGGAAUUCGAGUCGGGCAUGGACAGAGGCAGCAGGAGAGGGCCUUCUAAGUCGAAGCGAGCGAGGGCCUCAGCUCAGCUGACGAGAGCGGACGGACGUGUCCGGUAGGCUGAGAGGGGUGGAAAGCCUGGUUCCUCGGGCGUGUGGUGAUUUUUCGCAGCGCUCGUCAUGCCUGGCCCCAAUCCCAGCGCAACCAGUGUCGGCGCCUCCAGCCGUUCGCCUAGCAAAGCGGUGGCCCCGCGGGCCGCAGGAUCUACCGUACGGCAGAGAAAAAAUGCUAGUUGUGGAACAAGGAGUGCAGGUCGUACAACUUCUGCAGGCACUGGAGGGAUGUGGAGAUUCUAUACAGAGGACUCUCCUGGUCUCAAAGUUGGUCCUGUUCCAGUUCUUGUUAUGAGUCUUCUUUUUAUUGCGUCUGUAUUUAUGUUGCACAUCUGGGGCAAAUACACUCGGUCAUAGGCUUUUCUGUGUCCUAUUUUCCAACUUGAAAACUACGUUUUGGACCAAAACUGGUAGAAAAUGAAGAAGAUUAUCUCACUUGGGUUUUGCUGAAUAGGGUUUUUGAUACCUUUCUGUCAAGGCUGUUCUUUUUGCAUCUAUACACUCAAAUCUGCAGUUGACUUUAUUAAAAUUUGUCUUCAUAAAUUAA